AUGGCGGUGCUGAAGGCCAUGGGACCCCUUGCUGAAGCCUCGAAGGCUUGCGGGACGAGGAUGCCUACGCCGUCUCUGGGUGGUCGGGAACCAACUGGCUUCUCCCACAAAGCACGGGAGGGGCACCGGGAAUCGGCUUUCGUUCCGAGAGAUCCCGAGACUUCAAGUUCAGCGUUGAAUUCCGAUGUAGGAUAUCUUGGCAGGGCAGGAUCGUUCUACACCGCCUGGUGCCAGAUGCACGAGCUCUUCACACCCAUGACCAGCGAGGUCUCGACGGUGUGGGAUGUCGAGUUCUUUCACCCACCCCCUCCUCCGCCUCCUCCGCCCCGGCACCGACGGUUUUCAUUCUGGGACGUUGCCGCCACUGUGCCGCAAGAGCGGCCCGAGAACUCCGAGCUGCAUUGGACCAAUCCUUACGGGCCAGAUCCGCCAGCAGAGGUGGCGCCUCCUGCCGCGGAGCCGGUGAUCGAAGUUGCUUUCCACAAGGCGACCAAGGCCUCUGAAAGUUCGAGCUCAUGUCGCGAAGAAGGUUUCAUGCCUGAUAGCAGCUUUGCGGAUGAUGAUGUGUCGAACCCAUGUAGCUCCAUUCCCCCAGUGCAGGAGCCGGCUUUCGCAGCCUUGGCGAACCUGCAAGUGUGUGCAGAAAUGCCUGGCGCACCAGCGUCCUUUACAUUGUCCGAGUACUACAGCAUGCAAGGUCCCUUGUCGCCGUGCUCCCCUGCACCAACUGAAAGCUACGGCGGACGAGAGCCGCGGUUUUCCCAAGCGACUACGGUGUACAAAUACGGACAGGCAUUGUCCCCCGCGUCCACGCAAGUCGGCGCUCCAUUGCCCGAGCAUGGCGGACAGGGCUUGGCAGGAGGUUUCAGCCCCAAAUUCCCACCUGGCGCGCCAGCGCCAAGCCUGACGAUUUGCUUCGUCAGCACAAUGACUGUCCAUUUGGGAUGCCGCCUCCGGAUGACAACACUGCCCAUCGGAAUUGGCCUCACUUCUCUCAGGACCGAGAUGACAUCAGCGAGCAUUGCUUUGAGCAGUGCUCAGAUCAAUGGUGCGGACUAUUUAGCAGCUGUUGCUAGGAAGUGCUCCAGAGCCGUUUGCGUAAACUGCCUGGAGAAAAUGAGCGGCCAGACUUUCCGGUGCAGCUGUGGAGAUGAGCGGAAGUUGGAAAGCACACUUUGGAUGAUCGGAGCAUACAACUCCGUUAUGAACGGAUUUGCUUUCCUCACGGGCGCAAAGCCUGCCGGAGCGUUCCAAGGCUACACUGCCAUGCCCUGGCAGAGCCACGCACAUUCUGUGCCAAGUCCUCUGCUGGAACUUCCACCGCCUCCAAGCACUGCAGUGCCACAGCACCGGACGCUUUGUCCGGUUACUACGAAGGAGAUGCUUCCUCCCGCUGCACCGCUGCCGGCACCCCAAUCCUUGCCGUCCCUUUUGGGCCACCGGCGCCGUGCCUCCCAGGCUGAGAGCCCUAGCCGCGAACGAACUUUUGGACAAGAAGAGCUCACCGGAAGGAUAAGCACCGAGAAUCGGCAUUUGUUCCCAGAGAUCGGCGGACUCCAAUUUCAACUUGAAGUUGAAGUCUCGGGAUCUAACAAAGGCCGAUUCCCGGUGCCAAUACCGCACUUUGCGGGAGAAGAAAUUUCAACAUCUGCUUCUGAUGUUGGAUAUCUUGGCAGGGCAGGAUCGUUUUACACCGCUUGGUGUCAGAUGCACGAGCUCUUCACACCGAUGACCAGCGAGAUCUCGACGGUGUGGGAUGCCGGCUUCCAGUUCUUUCAAAGAAGGAACUCGAAGCCGGCAUCCCACACCGAGGUCUUUCACCGACCCCCUCCGCCCCGGCGCCUCUGUACUCUGGGAUCUUUAUGCCUCUGCGCCGCAAGAGCGGCCCGGGACUGGCUCCGAGUUGCGUUGGACCAACCCUUACGAGCAGAGGUGGCACCUCCUGCAGUGGAGCCGGUGAUUGAAGUUGCUUUCCACAAGGCGACCAAGAUGCCUACGCCGUCUCUGAGUGGUCGGGAGCCACCGGUCCACAAAGUUGCCGGAGAUCCGAGGACUUCCGCAACUUCUGAUUCCGAUUUCUACACAGCCUGGUGUCGGAUGUACUCGUACGAGCUCUUCACACCGAUGACCAGCGAGGUCUCCUCCAAGGUGUGGGAUGUCGAGUUCUUUCACCCACCCCCUCCUCCGCCCCCUCCGCCCCCGCGCCGACGUUCCGCUGUACUAUGGGACGUUGCCGCCACUGUGCCGCAAGAGCGGCCCGAGAACGGCUCCGAGCUGCGUUGGACCAAUCCUUACGGGCCAGAUCCGCCAGCAGAGGUGGCACCUCCGGCCGUGGAGCCGGUGAUUGAAGUUGCUCGCCACAAGGCGACCAAGGUCUCUGAAAGUUCGAGCUCAUGUCGCGAGGAAGGUUUCAUGCCUGAUAGCACCUUGGCGGAUGACGUUUCGGAUCCAUGUAGCUCCAUUCCCCCAUUAGAGGAGCCGGCUUUCGCAGCCUUGGCGAACCUGCGCGUGUGUGCAGAAAUGCCUGGCGCACCAGAGUCCUUCACAUUGUCCGAUUACUACAGCAGGCAAGGUCCCUUGUCGCCGUGCUCCCCUGCACCAACGGAAUGCUACGGCGGGAGAGAGGCGCGAUUUUCGCAAGAACAAACUGAGUACGACCACGGCAGACAGGGGCUUCUAUCUCCUGCGCCCACAGAGCAUUGCUUUGACCGACAGGCAUGGUCACCCGCGUCUACGCAAAUCGGAGCGGGCUUGGCAGGAGGUUUCAGUCCUAAGUUCCUACCGGGAGUGCCAAUCAAGCCUGACGAUUUGCUGCAUGAGCACAACGACUGCCCGUUUGGGAUGCCACCUCCGGAUGACAGCACUGCCCACCGGAAUUGGCCUCACUUCUGCCAGGGACCGAGGAAGUGCUCCAGAGCCGUUUGCGUAAACUGCCUGGAGAAAAUGAGCGGCCGGACAUUCCGCUGCAGCUGUGGAGAUGAGGGGAAUAUCGAAAGCACGCUUUGGAUGAUCGGAGCAUAUCACUCCGUUAUGAGCACGUUCGAUUUCAUCACCGGUGCAAAGCCUGCCCACGUGUCCGAGGGCUACACGGCGAUGCCUUCGCGGAGCCAAACACAUUGUGUGCCCAACCCGCUGCUGGAGCCUCCAUCGACCACGAACACUGCUGCAUUGCCGCAGCACCGGACGCUUUGUCCGGCUACUACAAAGGAGUUGCUUCCUCCCGCUGCACCGCUGCCGGCACCGCAGUCCUUGCCGUCCCUCUUGGGCCAUCGCCGUCGUGUCUCACAGGCCUUGGUCCCCCUUGCAGCCGGCACUGACAGCCCUGACGCAGAGCUGCGAGGCUGCGGGGUUUCAGGUUGA